AUGGACGACCUCCAAUCCCUCGAACACCUCUCGCUCAUCUCGCGCAUCACCAACGAACUACAAAACCACCUGGGCGUUAGCGACAAAGUCCUCGCGGAGUAUAUAAUAGAGCAACACCUAAAAUGCUCUUCGUUUGCCGAGUUCAAGAGCGCGCUGGAGGCGAUGGGCGGAGACCUGUUCCCGAUGAGUUUGAUGGAGAGCGUGGAUCGGUUGGUGCUCACAAUGCAUCCGAGCUAUAAGAAUAAGAAGAAGAAGAAUGAAGCCGAGGGUCAGAAUGGAGAUGUUGCGAGUGAUGAUAUGGAUGCGCUGAAUGCGUUGGAGAAGAAGGCACGUGUUUUCAAGGGACUGGCGGUACCGGAUCGCGAGCGGGGAUGGGCGGAGGAGGAGUAUACGGAUGUCGGGAAUAAGAAUGGGCUGGGCGUUGAAGAGGAGGAUGCGAAGGAUAGUGCGAUGGAUGAUACGUUUGCGAUGCUGGAGGGGUUGGCGGGGAAGGCAAAGACACAAACGAAAACGACGGAGUCGCGGACGACUCAUGAAAGGAAGCGCAGUCGCAGUCGGAGUCCUGAAUACGAUGAUCAUAGCCGGCGCCGGCGGAGGGAUCGGUAUCGUUCGAGGUCGAGGUCGAGGUCGCGCAGCCCGGUUUAUAAGAUGAGGGAUGAGGAUGGGGUGGAUGAGUUUGGCCGGUCGACUGGAGGGCAUACUUCAAGAGACGACGGGUACCGGAAUGGUCGAAGUGAGCGGCGGAGAGGGCGACGAGACGAUGAUGAUUACUUCCGCAAACCUCCGCCUGUUGAAUUGGACGAACAGCCGGUACUGUACAAGGUCUACGAUGGGCGUGUUACUGGUGUGAAGGACUUUGGCGCGUUUGUGAAUCUUCCGGGGGUCAAGGGAAAGGUUGACGGACUGGUGCACGUGUCGGCGAUGCAGGAAGGUGCACGUGUGAACCACCCCUCUGAUUUGGUGAGUAGGGGUCAGCCAGUGAAGGUAAAAGUGAUCAGCAUACAAGGUUCGCGCAUUGGCCUAUCAAUGAAGGAGGUUGAUCAGGAAACUGGGCGGGACCUCAUCCCGCAGAAGCGCCUUGCAUCGGGGGCGAACAUGGAGCGAUUGGACGGCAUGCCGGCAAAUGAUAGAUACGGCAACCUUAGCUCUGACGUGCCUAUCAUUGAGGAAUCCGAUGGUAGGCCGAUGAAAAACCGGAAGCGCUUAACCUCACCAGAACGCUGGGAGAUCAAGCAACUGAUUGCGUCCGGCGCUGUUUCGGCACUUGACUACCCCGAUAUUGAUGAAGAAUAUAACGCUACAUUGACCGGAGAGGGCACUUUCGAGGAAGAGGAAGACAUCGACAUCGAGGUUAAAGACGAGGAACCUCCUUUCCUGGCGGGCCAGACGAAGAUGUCUUUGGAGCUGUCCCCGAUUCGAGUGGUCAAAGCUCCAGAUGGAUCCAUGAACCGUUCCGCGAUGGCGGGUACGAAUCUUGCUAAAGAGCGAAGAGAACUCAGGCAGCAGGAGGCCCAGGACAAGGCUGCAGAGCGAGCAGCCGGGGUGGAUCUCAAUGCGCAGUGGCAGGAUCCUAUGGCUCAAGAGCGACAAUUUGCGGCUGACCUCCGUUCUACUCAGCAAACGGGUACGGACGAGGCUGUACCGGAAUGGAAGAGGGUUACAAUGGGCAAGAACCCGUCAUUCGGAAAACGGACGAGCAUGUCAAUCAAGCAACAGAGAGAAAGUCUUCCUGUGUACAAGUUCCGACAGCAACUGCUGGAAGCUGUGGCAGAUAACCAGCUGAUGAUUGUUGUCGGCGACACCGGGUCAGGAAAGACCACGCAGGUGACUCAGUACUUGGCCGAAGCAGGCUGGGCCAACAAGGGGAUUAUCGGGUGUACACAACCACGUCGUGUUGCUGCCAUGUCGGUUGCGAAGCGUGUGGCUGAGGAAGUCGGUUGCAAACUUGGUGCGGAGGUCGGAUAUACCAUCCGUUUCGAAGAUUGCACCAGCCCAGAGACCAAGAUCAAGUACAUGACAGAUGGAAUGCUUCAAAGAGAGGUCUUGUUGGACCCGGACUUGAAAAAGUACUCGGUGAUUAUGCUUGACGAAGCUCACGAGCGAACCAUUGCAACCGAUGUCCUCUUUGGGCUGUUGAAGAAGACUAUCAAACGGAGACCAGACUUGAGGAUUAUUGUUACUUCUGCGACACUGGACGCUGAUAAGUUCUCCGAGUACUUCUAUGGCUGUCCCAUCUUCUCUAUUCCCGGCCGGACCUUCCCCGUGGAGAUCAUGUACUCGAAAGAGCCCGAGUCGGACUAUCUCGAUGCGGCUCUUAUCACUGUCAUGCAGAUCCACCUGACUGAGCCUCCUGGUGAUAUGCUUCUGUUCUUGACAGGACAAGAGGAAAUUGACACAGCAUGCGAGAUUCUAUUUGAGCGGAUGAAAGCUUUAGGGCCGACUGUCCCGGAGCUGGUCAUCCUUCCAGUUUACUCAGCCCUACCCAGCGAAAUGCAAAGUCGAAUCUUCGACCCUGCACCCUCUGGCGGCCGAAAGGUCGUUAUUGCCACUAACAUCGCUGAAACCUCCAUCACAAUCGACAACAUCUACUAUGUCAUCGACCCCGGCUUCGUGAAGCAAAACGCCUACGACCCCAAACUCGGCAUGGACUCUUUAGUAGUGACUCCCAUUUCCCAAGCCCAGGCCAAACAGCGAGCUGGCCGAGCUGGCCGAACAGGACCCGGAAAAUGCUUCCGCCUCUACACCGAAGCCGCCUACCAAUCCGAGAUGCUGCCGACCACAAUCCCCGAAAUCCAGCGCCAAAACCUGUCUCAUACUAUCCUCAUGCUGAAAGCAAUGGGCAUAAAUGACCUCCUCCACUUCGACUUUAUGGACCCCCCACCAACAAACACCAUGCUUACAGCAUUGGAAGAGCUCUACGCCCUCUCCGCCCUCGAUGACGAAGGCCUCCUCACCCGCCUAGGCCGCAAAAUGGCCGACUUCCCCAUGGAGCCAGCGCUCGCCAAGGUUCUGAUCGCCUCCGUCGACAUGGGCUGCUCCGAGGAGAUGCUCUCUAUCGUCGCCAUGCUCUCCAUCCAAUCCGUCUUCUACAGACCGAAGGAAAAGCAGCAGCAAGCGGACCAGAAAAAGGCCAAGUUCCACGACCCACACGGCGACCAUUUAACCCUACUCAACGUCUACAACGCCUGGAAGAAAUCAAACUUCAACAACGCCUGGUGCUUUGAGAACUUCAUCCAGGCCCGCCAGAUCCGCCGCGCGCAGGACGUCCGCCAGCAACUGCUCGGCAUCAUGCAGCGCUACCACCACCGCAUCGUAUCCUGCGGCCGCAACACCACGAAAGUGCGUCAGGCCCUGUGUACGGGCUUCUUCCGCAACGCAGCGCGCAAGGAUCCGCAGGAGGGGUACAAGACCCUUGUCGAGGGGACACCCGUGUACAUGCAUCCGUCCUCUGCAAUGUUCGGCAAGCCCGCCGAGCACGUUAUCUACCACACGCUUGUGCUCACCACGAAAGAGUACAUGCACUGCACGACGGGGAUCGAACCCAAGUGGCUUGUUGAGGCGGCGCCGACGUUCUUCAAGGUUGCGCCGACGGAUCGGCUGUCAAAGAGGAAGAAGGCGGAGAGGAUCCAGCCGCUGCAUAAUCGGUUCGCUGGCGAGGAUGAUUGGCGUCUUUCGGCGCAGCGCAGGCAGGGGAGGGGUGGUGGUGGUGGGACUUGGGGAUAG